AUGGAGACGUAUCAUGGCCAUGUGCGAACGCCUGCCGAUGCCAUCAUUCUGUUCGAAGCGUGUCGCAUCGGAUUACUUCCUCGUGUGCAGCGUCGACUUUCCGAAAAGGAACGGCAGUCAAUAAAAUCUGGAUCUGUCUUCGUGUGGGACGAGCGCGAAGCUGGCAUGCGACGAUGGACUGACGGCAAGUCCUGGAGCGCAAGUCGAGUCUCGGGCAGCUUCUUGACUUACCGCGAAAUGGAGGGCAAGCGUGGUGGCUCAACUUUCGACAAGAACGCUUCCAACCGCGAUGGCAUUGGUGGUGAAGGCGACAGUGACGGUGGCCCUGAUGGCUAUCGCUACAAGCCUGACGGUCUUAUGAAGCAGUCUUUCUCCAUCACCACCAAUCAAGGCCAGCAUCUUCAUCUGAUCAGCUACUUCUCGCGCUCGUCUACUGCAGCCAGUGGACUCAUGCAGCCAUCAAGUGACCCGCAACUCCGACAUAUCAGGCCUGAGAAGGGCAUGUAUCCUGACUCGACUGUCCACGAGCAGAGCAAUAUUCCAGCUGUGACACAAGGCCCAAUGGGCUCUCCUGGCUACACUCACGCACCACACCAACCACCAUAUGGACGACCAUAUUACCCGCACUGGGCGCCACCGAGCCCCAUGCACACGCCUCCACCACAUCACGCGUACUCUCCAUACUACCAGCAUCCGCACGCUGCC